AUGCUUUAUCUCACUUGUACUUUCAUUGGGGGUGGGCACAGGGUAACAUUUAUUUUCGUGGCACCUAUUUUAACUUACAGAUUUACAAAUUGUACCAACUUUAACAAGUACGAUACUUCAUCCCUCCGCAGUUUUGUAAUCAGUGGUACCCCGAUAAGUACCACACAGUUGGAUAAAGUCCGUUCGGUCUUCAAACACACCAAUGUUAUCCUCGCUUAUGGACAAACUGAAGUUGGUUAUAUUUCAAUGUAUGAUACCGACACCGAUUCCAAAUUUAUUCAAAACAAAUAUACUGCCUGUGGUAAAGUGGUGAAAGGAGUGACUCUUAAGGUGGUGGAUGUUGAAACUAACGAAAUACUUGGCCCAAAUAAAAAAGGCGAAAUUUACGUAAAAGCAAAAUCACUGAUGAAAGGUUAUUACAAUAGUGAUAACACAAACAUUUUUGAAGAAGAUGGUUUUUUGAGGACUGGAGACGUUGGAUAUUAUGAUGAAGACGAAUGUGUUCACUACGUUGAAAGGAUCAAAGAAAUGUUCAAAUAUUUGUCUUGGCAUAUAGUACCAUCAGCCAUUGAACUCGUAAUGAUGGAACAUCCAGCUAUUAAAGAAGUUGUAGUUUUUGGGUUUCCCCGCAGCGAGGAAGAGGGUGAAGUGCCUGCGGCUUGCGUUGUUUUGAAAGAUGGUUUUUCUGCAAGUGGGGAGGAAAUUGAGGAUUUUGUGGCCAGUCGAGUUUCGGAUAAGGAAAGGUUGAGAGGAGGUGUCUAUUUCAUGAAAGAGUUGCUUAGGACACCAAGUGGGAAAGUGAAGAGGAAAGAAAUACGAGAUUUGUUAUUAAUAAAAUAAAAGAAAUAAA